GGGUACGAUUUUCCUGCGUCAUUCCCUUUCUGAAGACUUUCAUGCAGCGUGCAAGUCGCAUUGGUGUGGAUGGGUAGUUGAUUUAAUAUAUGAACGUAUUCUAAACUCAACUAUAGCUACAGGAGCAAGUUGCAACAAUGCCGGCGUAUUUUCAGCGUCCAGAGAACGCUUUGAAGAGAGCUAACGAAUUUCUUGAAGUUGGCAAGAAGCAGCCAGCUUUGGAUGUUUUGUAUGAUGUUAUCAAGAGUAAAAAACAUCGAACAUGGCAGAAGAUUCACGAGCCCAUCAUGCUCAAGUACCUGGAGCUCUGUGUCGAUCUGCGCAAGAGCCACCUUGCAAAAGAGGGUUUGUACCAGUACAAAAACAUCUGUCAGCAGGUCAACAUAAAAUCUUUGGAGGAUGUUGUCCGAGCCUACCUUAAGCUGGCUGAGGAGAAGACUGAAACUGCUAAAGAAGAGUCUCAGCAGAUGGUGCUAGAUAUUGAAGAUCUAGAUAACAUCCAGACUCCUGAGAGCGUGUUGCUGAGUGCAGUUAGUGGGGAGGACACUCAGGACCGUACAGACAGGCUGCUGCUCACUCCCUGGGUAAAAUUUCUCUGGGAAUCCUAUCGCCAGUGUCUGGAUUUACUUCGCAAUAACUCCAAGGUUGAGCGCCUGUACCAUGAUAUUGCCCAGCAAGCAUUUAAAUUCUGCCUUCAGUAUACACGCAAGGCUGAGUUUCGCAAGUUGUGCGAUAAUUUGCGCAUGCAUCUAGGCCAGAUACAGAGGCAUCACAACCAGAGCACAGCGAUUAACCUAAACAACCCAGAAAGUCAGUCCAUGCACUUGGAAACGCGUCUGGUCCAGCUGGAUAGUGCCAUAAGCAUGGAGCUCUGGCAGGAAGCUUUCAAAGCGGUGGAAGACAUCCAUGGUCUUUUUGCCUUGUCUAAGAAGCCCCCCAAACCUCAGCUGAUGGCAAACUAUUACAAUAAGGUUUCAACUGUUUUCUGGAAAUCGGGGAAUGCACUCUUCCAUGCCUGUACCCUUCACCGACUCUACCACCUCUCCAGAGAGAUGAGAAAGAAUCUUACUCAGGAUGAAAUGCAGAGGAUGUCUACAAGGGUGCUUCUUGCCACCUUGUCUAUUCCCAUCACCCCCGAGCGCACAGACAUCGCCCGUCUCUUGGACAUGGAUGGAAUAAUUGUGGAGAAACACAGACGCUUGGCUACACUCCUCGGCCUCCAGUCUCCUCCCACCCGUCUCAGCCUGAUCAAUGACAUGGUGAGAUUUAAUCUGCUACAGUAUGUUGUUCCGGAGGUGAAAGAGCUCUACAAUUGGCUGGAAGUGGAUUUUCACCCCCUCAAGUUAUGUGGAAGGGUAAUAAAGGUUCUGAACUGGAUUAAAGACCAAGCUGAAAAGGAGUUGGACCUUCAACAGUAUGUUCCUCAUCUACAAAACAACACCAUCCUUCGCCUUUUGCAGCAGGUUGCUCAGAUUUAUCAGAGCAUUGAGUUUAGUCGCUUGGCUUCCUUGGUUCCUUUUGUGGAUGCUUUUCAGUUGGAACGUUCCAUUGUUGAUGCUGCACGACACUGUGACUUGCAGGUACGGAUUGACCACACAUCUUCCACCCUUAGUUUUGGUUCAGACUUGAACUAUUCUACCAAAGAGGAUUCUCCAGUGGGUCCUUUCUUGCAAAACAUGCCUUCAGAGCAGAUCAGAAAUCAGCUUACCGCAAUGUCAUCCUCCCUGGCCAAAGCUAUUCAGAUCAUUAAGCCUGCCUCCAUUCUGCAAGAGCAUGAAGAACAAAGCCAGCAGGCCAUAGCUGCUUAUUUGAAAAAUGCCCGCAAGGAGCACCAGCGUAUCCUUGCUCGCCGGCAAACCAUAGAGGAGCGUAAAGAGCGACUUGAGAGUCUGAACAUUCAAAGAGAAAAAGAAGAACUGGAGCAGCGUGAAGCCGAGAUGCAAAAGGUUCGCAAGGCUGAGGAGGAGAGGUUGCGUCAGGAGGCCAAAGAACGAGAGAAGGAACGCAUCAUGCAGGAGCAUGAACAGAUCAAGAAGAAGACUGUGCGGGAACGGCUGGAGCAGAUCAAGAAAACGGAACUGGGUGCCAAAGCCUUCAAGGACAUAGACAUUGAGGACCUGGAGGAGCUCGAUCCAGACUUCAUAAUGGCCAAGCAGGUGGAACAGCUGGAGAAGGAGAAAAAAGAGCUGCAAGAACGUUUGAAAAACCAGGAGAAGAAGAUUGACUAUUUUGAGAGAGCCAAGCGCCUUGAAGAAAUCCCCUUAAUUAAAAAAGCAUAUGAGGAACAACGUAUAAAGGACAUGGAGUUAUGGGAAUUACAAGAAGAAGAAAGGAUCCUCAACAUGAAAGUUGAACGUGAGAAGGCACUGGAACACAAACAGAGAAUGUCCCGGAUGAUGGAGGACAAGGAGAACUUUGUAUCCAAGAUUACUGCUGCUCGAAGCUUUAUUUAUGAGGAAAAGCUUAAACAGUUUCAAGAACGGCUGGUGGAAGAGAGGAAAAGGCGGUUAGAAGACAGGAAAAAGCAGCGUAAAGAGGACCGGCGCAAUGCAUACCAUAGGCAGAAAGAGGAAGAAGCACAAAGAAUUCAUGAAGAAAAGCUGAAAAAAGAACGAGAGGAGCGGGAGCGAAUAGAGCAAGAGCAACGUGAAGAGGAAGAAAGGGAGUACCAGGAGCGCCUGCGUAAGCUAGAGGAGCAAGAAAGGAAGCAGCGCGCCCGACAGCAGGAAAUCGAGGAGCGGGAGCGUCGCCGCGAGGAAGAGAGGAGAGUCCCCGAGGAAAAGCACAGCAAGGAUACUCCGCACUGGCCAGAAAAAGAAGAGGGAGGUUGGCGGAAGAGGACAGUGGAGGGAGAAUCUGAUUGGCGUCGCCCUGUGCCUGAACGAGAUUGGCGCCAAGAAAAUCGAGAGGAAGAUAAAGCCAACUUACAAAGAGAUGAAGAAAAAGAACCACCCUUCAGACGGGGAGAUGGUCCUCGCAGGGGGGGGGGCGACGACCGAGUGCUGAGGAGAGGUUUCGAUGAGGAUCGCGGGUCGCGUCGUGGUCUGGAUGAGGACCGGGGUCCUAGAAGAGCUCUGGAUGACGACAGAGGUCACAGGAGAGGGCUGGAUGAAGAUCGUGGACCCAGGAGAGGCUUUGAUGAUGACCGUGGCCCACGAAGAGGGAUGGACGAAAUGAGGGGUCCAAGACGAGGGGCUGAUGAUGAAGGAUCCUGCCAUGGGGAUGAUGCCAGACCUUGGAAACCCCUUAGCAGGCCAGGUGGCUGGAGGGAGAGGGAGAAGGCCCGUGAAGAGAGUUGGGGACCUCCUCGUGAUGACGGGAACAAUGAUGAAGGAGGUGAACGAGAGCGAGAUGAACGAGAAGACGUGGAUCGUUUCAGGGAGCGCAGGCCUCAACGUGAGGAAAGUGGUGGAGGCUGGAGGCGUGGUGGUACUGAAGAUGCUUCCAGUUGGCGAGAGAGUCGGCGUGAACGUGAAGAAUUUGACCGUGAUGAUCGUCGUGGAGACCGUGAUCGCCGGGACGUAAGAGAGCGGAAGGAAGAUCGGGAACUCAGAGCCCCAACAAGAGAAAAUGAAGAAGGUGUUUCUUGGCGACGUAAUGAAGAGAAGAGGGAUGAUCGCAGAGAAGAUCGGGAAACCCCUGCGAAGGCUCCACCCAGGGAAAGAGACCGUGAUGGAGAAAGGAGUUCUUGGCGUUCAGACAAAGAUAAAGAUAACCCCCGCCGGACCAAGAAUGAGACCGACGACGAGGGAUGGACCACUGUCCGCCGCUGAGAUGUCUGACAGUUGUCUCUUGUCAAAGUGGUUCACAGCCCUAUUUUUUUUCCCCCUCAUCAGUUAUGAAAUUUAUAAAAAAAAUGAUGUAUUGCUAAAACAGCCAUUUCAUUCAAGAUUCUUCUGCUUUGGUAGGAUACUGCAUUAAUCUCCCUAUCUAGUUUGUGGGUUAUCCUUGUGAGAGGGUUAAUAAUCCUUUGUAUUCAGUAGUUUUAAAAUGUAUCGACUGCCUAUGCAUUGCUGCUUACAGGUGUGCUAACUGUGUUGCUUCCCUUAAUCUGACAUUAAAUAAAGUAAUUUACUCAA